AUGUUGAUAGAGAAUAGACCAUUGUCAGUUCAUAGUCUGCUCUUCCAGUACGCCGCUGAAACGUCCUAUCGGAUAGAAGGCUCCCGAAAGCUGGGCACGAUUCGAAACGUUGUACGUGAUAUAGUAGCAGUAUUCGACCGUGAAGAAAGAGCAUUACAAGCAAUGAGCACGGUGCCUGUAGAUCUUGAGCAAGCUCUUCGAGCGCAGGAAGCGCAUGAACUUUUCAUCAAACGGAUAGAGCUGAACAAUAUGGAUUCGGUGCGUGUCUUCUAUGAGUUGUCAAAUGAUCUUAUCCGGGAAGGUUGUACGGAUAGAGCUGCGGUAGUGGAAUUGAACGAGAUGGUCACGAGUCGUUGGCGACGAUUGAGUGGGCUUGCAGAGGAGCGGAACAAACUUCUGAAGGCUGCUAUCGUGUGCUACAAAACGUAUCUCACCGGAGUCUACCCUAUCCUCGAUCAGCUGGAAAAGGAUUACAGUCAGAACCCAGAUCGAGACUGGUGCGCUGUAAGGGCGGGAGAAACUCCUCAAGAAAGAGUCAAUGUCAUAUCCGAGCUGCUCAGCAAGCAUAUGGAUUACAAAGACAGAUUUCUUAAAGGA